CCUGUAAAGCUUAUCGUUGCGUAUUUUACUGAUGUACUAACCACUCGACAUCCCGUGACCCACAGGAACUCACCCGGCUGGUGUCCUUUUGGGUCAUUGUCAGAAUCGGCGUGUUCGCUGCCGGCGUCUACACACAGGCCUAUCGAGACUGUGGCGAACUCCUCUAUUCUAUGGCUUCCGUUGAUCACGCUGCUUGGACUCGGGCUCGUGAAACCGUCCACAUUUACCAAGGGACAUGAGACGUAGCACCAGCGCGAACAUUCGGGACCCACAUUUAUCCAAAGAGUAUGGAGGUAGCCUCCCCGAGAUUGAAGCAGCCGAACAGCGAAUCUCUGGCUAAAGAUCGCAGAAUCGCUCUUGAUGCCAGCUGUAGAGCGACUUGUGGAUCUUUCCGAUUUGUGGUACCACAAUUUAGCAGCUCUCUGCAAGAUCCUCACCGUGGGGGCCCCUUACUGGGUCGUACCUGGAGUCAGGCUUUGUUGAGCGGCGCCUGCUGUAGCUUGCCGACGUCCGGUGCGUGUUGCUCCGACGCCGUCCCCGAUCCAAUUGAAGAAGACGACGACCCUCCGGACGAUGUCGGCGCAAGCCCUAACGUUCCGACACCCCCAUUGAGGGCGAAAGGCGUCCCAGCGCCGCUUCCCGCCGCCGCUGCUGCUGCCGCCGCAAAAAAAAAUUAG